UCUUCAUUCAAGAUGGCGACUAAGGUUUGCCCGGAGUUCUUGUUCUUUCUGGUGUUUCUGACAUUUUGCGAAGGAGGAAUGGUAAACAUCACGAUAGAAGGCUGGACUGUCCCUGUCUGUGAGUCUUCAUCUCUAUGCAACCCACAUAAUGGAUGUACUUCAGUAAACCCCGGCUCAGAUGUGACAUGCCGAUGUGAUCCGCUAUGUCUCUUCUUCAAGGAUUGUUGCCCAGAUUACUUGACAAGUUGUGCCAAUACUACGCUUCCCAGUCCCUUUCUUGACGCAACCAAGAACAUUGUGUCUGAUCAGUUGUCUUGCACGGUCCCUCCACAUUCACAUUCUUCUGGAAACAAUACAGCCUUCCUAAUGAUUGAUGAGUGUAUGUCGGAUUGGAGCAACGAAUUGACGAGGGAAUAUUGCGAAAGCUCGGCAUAUGAAUCCGACUUUUUCACUCUGGCACCUGUUUCUUUAGGGUCAUCAGUAACUUUUAAGAAUGCUUAUUGUGCCAUUUGCAACAGGAAGAAUAUUCUUGAGGUUAUGCCUUGGUCCUUUCAAUUUGAAUGUGGGUCCCACAUCCCGAACAUAUCCGCCGAUGCGACCUUCCAAGAGCGUAUUCAAAUCUUGAUGGAAAAUUGUACUAACUGGUUCUUCAUUCCUCCACCUUCUGGUCUAACGGAUGUGAGAACGUGUCCUAAGUUUGAAGGACUCGAGACUUGUCAGAAUACACAUGGCGAAGAAGAGUCAGUGGCUAUCCGACGUGCUUGCCAUUCUUAUUUAGCAAGUUUUGUAUCACUCCAAGAUGGCCUUAUGUACAGGAACCCACACUGUUUUUUAUGUGUUCACGUGUCUGCUCAAUACAACAUUUCCAUAGUUCAUUCUUUAUUGGGUGAUGUAAUGCCGUGUACGGAUGUCCAACCGACAUUACCUAUAAGUGAAUCAAGUACUGCAGGAACUACACAGGAGCAACUUUGGUCUGAAAGUACCACUACCAGUCAGCCCUACGAUACACAUGUACCGGCGACAAGCCGAGCGUGGACAUUCGGUACCACACAGAUACUUUUUGCGGCUACACAUCUCUUACAAGCGACUAUACAAGCGACUACACAUCCCUUUCAAGCGGCGACUAUACAAGCGACUAUACAAGCGACUACACAUCCCUUUCAAGCGGCGACUUUACAAGCGACUAUACAAGCGACUACACAUCCCUUACAAGCGACUACACAAGCGACUACACAUCCCGUACAACCUAUGCCACAGCCCUUACCACCUAUAUCAGUUUUGAUUGACUUUACAUCACUCGAUGACGCGCCAUUUCUCGAAGAAGUCGUCUCUGUCGUUUGCAAUCAAACACAAGUCUUUAAUCCAUCUGUUCAAAUGUGUAUUGAACUUUCUUGCCCUGCUGGUUACAAGCUCUUGAACAGGUCGUGCGUUGAUUCGACCCAAACCAGUAUGAGAUGUUCAAAUAACAGUCAAAUACCUUCAACUGCGAAACUGAGUUGUGAACAUGAGGCGGUAGGUAUGUCAUUCUGUGCCCCUCUAUGGUCCAUUGCGAAUGAAACGGUUUUGUGGUUCACCAGCAAUAGUAAUCAUCUCCAGAAUAUCUAUGUUCAAGAGAUCGCCGCCGCUUGGAUGAAUGUAAGCUCUGGUAAUUCGGAAAUUGGCACCUGUUUACAAGUAGUCAUCCUAUCAUUUGAUUUGUCCAGGGACUUUGUACCGUUUACGCAACCAUCUGAGAAUGUCUUGUGGGCUUCGUCAGGGAUUAAGAAUGCUAAUAACCUGACUUGCCGGAUAUCAGAAGUCGAUAUAUCCGUAGGAUGUGUCAGAAGGGAAGACCGGUUAUGUCUCAACAACUCUAUCCGUUUUAAUAAAUUCAAAGUCACGGGGGAUUCUUCCAGAAUGACGUUUUUUGUUAGCGAAACUAACACCUCUUAUGCGAUUGAAGAUUCUCUCUAUACCCAGAGAUUCCGAUGGAACACUGAUAAUUCUAGCAACCUUGAUGCAGAUCUUCUGGUUUGUAGGAGAAGCGAGUAUCCGUCACAAUGUGCGUUGAUAACGUUAGAUAUCUCUGACUUUGUCAUAUGGAGCAAUGGAUCGGUUCUGUAUGAACCAUAUAAUAUAGUCUUUGAUACAGAUGACUAUGUCUUGGUGAAUAACGACUCCAUUCAAGUGUGUUCCUUCCUAGACGGUAAUGGAAACCGUACCCGUGAAUAUUACUUCAUCCAAUUUUCAAAAGGACAGUCGAUAACAAGUUUUGUUGGUUGCCUGCUAUCAAUUGCUGGGCUUGUGUUUACAUUUGUCACCUAUGCCAAGUUCGGAAGCCUUCGCAAAUCCAUUUGCAGUCAGCUGGUUAUGAGCAUCUGCGCGUCGUUGAUACUGGCACAAUUUACGUUGCUCUUCAGUGGCAUGGCAAAAUCAAACUCCAUCUCUUGCACAUGCUUUGCCGUACUUGGGCACUACUUGUGGCUUGUUGUCUUUACGCAUUCGGUGGCUCUUGCGCUUGACCUCUAUCGUAGGUUUGGACUAACCCAGAAAGUCAAGAAAACAUCUGAAGGUCCGAAACUGCUGUCCAUGUUCCUCGUCUUUGCUUGGGGAUCCCCCUUGCUUAUUGUUAUACCCUGCCUGGUUGUCCAUCUCUGCAAAUUGCCUCAUGUUGCCCUGACUUAUGGCACUGUCAAGUCCUGCUGGAUUGGUAAUGGUUUCAUGAACCUUUACGCCUUUGGUGUUCCUAUAGCCCUUACUCUGGUCGUUAAUGGAACCCUCUUUCUUCUCGUUGUUGCUGGUCUACGGAAGAGGACAAACCAAACCACGAAAAGAAAGACGUCGAAGAUGGCGACUGAGGGUGUUGUCUAUUUAAAGAUGUCGACAUUGCUUGGAUUUACCUGGAUCUUUGGUUUCAUCGCUGCUUUUGUUGAUGUCACAGCUCUCUUGUAUAUCUUCAUCAUCCUCAACUCUCUCCAGGGAGUCUAUAUCUUCAUUGCCUUCAUCUGCAACAAGCGUGUCUUCAAGCUCUGGCGGGACUCGUGCUCGUGCAAGCCCUGUGUCUCGCUCACUGUUUCAUGUCCUUGCUUGCGAUCUUCGUCGGAUGAGCCGGCAUCAUCAAUCAAGACCGCCUCAUCAACAUGUACUUCAUCUUCCGUGUCGUCCACUAAGAAGGUAGCUUCAAGUACAUCCAUCUCGAUGACGGAGGCUUCGUCCAGUUAUUCCGUGCCCGAGAAGAAUCAGAACCAGAUCGAGACGGAUUCCUCGGCAUUGAAAGGACGGAUCCCUGUUUUCCCUUCUCCUUCACCUAUGGCACGUACAGACGGACCAGUGAAUGUUCCAGUGUCCAGUCAACUCAUGUCGGAGCUAAAAACGAAGUUUGACCCAAAGGUUUAAAUCGAACUGUUCGUUCACAGGGCGUAGCCGAACUUAGAGUGAGGGGGCAUUCAAGCCGAAUGCCCAAGUCUACACAGAUUCUUUUUUAGUACAUUAUACAAUACAUCAAUUUUGACAGUUUUAUCGA